UUUUCUCUCUUUUUUUUUUCUUGUGUUUAUUUUUAAGAGUAAAUGGGAAGAUUGAAUCUUAAAAAAUCUAAUUUCAAUUUUGUUACCAAUACUUGGGUUCUAAUAAGAAUCACUUCUUGUUUUUCUUGAAAAGAAAAUAACAUUCUUGUUAUUUUUGGUUUCUAUUUCCAGCUUGAAAUCUAGUGCAACAUUUUGAUCAUAUUUUUCUGUGCUUUUUUUAGUAAUGUUGAGGAAUAGAUUGAGAAUUGUAACAAAACAAUCACCAACAAUCAUGACUGAUCAUCAAACUACUUCAUCUCAAACAACCCAAAACACGACCCGACCCAUUUCAUCUUUUCUUGGUUCUCCAAGGUUACUAUUUUCUCCAGCUUCAUUUCUUGACACCCAUAAACAAAUUUCCAAUUUUGGAAAGAACCCAUUUCAGCUAAUCAAAAACCCAGAAAAACCCACAAAGAUUUUCCGAAAAUUCAAUCAAAUAUCUGAGAAUUUUGAUUCUGAAGGAAUUGCACUUGCACUUGUUCUUAUUCAAGAAACUUCUAAAAAUAGCAACAUUUGUAAUAAAACUAAUAGUAAGAAAAUCUUAUUUGGAAACAAUUUAAAGAUAAAAAUCCCAUCACUUGACCCAUUUCUUACCGGGUCACUGGAAUCACCAGGUGAUUUUGGGAUCAAAACCAGGAAUAUUUCUCAACUUACUAAUGGGCCAACACUAACCGGGUUUGGGUCAGGGUUCGGAUCCGGGUCGCCUAAAUAUAGUACUGGGCCUUUGUCUUUGAAGGAAAUGGAGCUUUCAGAAGAGUACACACGUGUGGUCUGUCAUGGGCCUAACCCGAAAACAACCCAUAUUUAUGAUAAUUGUGUUGUGGAGAGGUGUUGUGGAAUUCGGGUCGGGUCAGCAGAACCAACAUUGGAUGUAAUUAGCUUUUGUCACACUUGUAGGAAGAAUCUUGGUGAAGACAGUGAUAUUUUCAUGUACAGGGGUGAGAAAGCUUUUUGUAGUGAAGAAUGCAGAUGCCAAGAAAUGAUUUUGGAUGGAUUGAUGAUGAAUUACUAAAAGUUGUGGCAGAUGACUAUUUUGCCCCUACACACACCUGAAGUUUGACCAUGAUUAAAGAGAUAUUUUAAUAAUGUUAAAUAAAAUUUUGAGAUUUUGUUUGUUUGCAAGAUGUAGUGUUAGAACUAGAAGUAGGUGAUGAUUUUGGCUUUUCCGUUUGUUAAUUGUCAUGUAUUUUAUUUAUUUUUAUUUCUUUCUUUUACCAA